AUGGAGCACGCCGAGUUUCGCGUCAAAGCCAAGGAGAUGGUUGACUACAUAGCUGACUACCUGGAGAACAUUAGAGACAGACGAGUCUCCCCCAACGUCCAGCCAGGGUACCUCCACAACAGGCUGCCAGCGGAGGCGCCUCAGCUCCCGGAAAAAUGGGACGACAUAUUGAAAGAUGUGGAUGACCAUAUCAUGCCCGGGCUCGUCCACUGGCAGAGUCCUCACAUGCACGCCUACUACCCAGCACUGACUUCCUACCCCUCCAUCAUGGGGGAAAUGCUAUCAAGUGCUCUCAACGUGCUCUGCUUUACUUGGGCUUCCUCACCAGCUGGAACCGAACUGGAGACCAUCUCCAUGAACUGGCUCGGCAAGCUCCUGGGCCUCCCGGAUUGCUUUCUGAACGAGAAGAACGAUAGUCCAGGCGGUGGGGUCAUACAGACCACGGCAAGCGAAGCAACCCUGGUGAGUUUGCUAGCGGCGCGCACCAGGGCCCUGAUAGAACUGGCCAAGCUGAACCCUGACCUCCAGUCUUCUGAACUCCUGGGCCACCUGAUCUGCUAUUGCUCAGACCAGGCUCACUCGUCUGUGGAGAAAGCUGGGUUGAUUGGUCUAGUCAGGAUGCGGUACAUCGAGACUGAUGAGAACCAGAGCAUGCGAGGAGCCAAAUUGGAGGAAGCCAUACUCAGCGACAAGGCUAAGGGCUUAGUGCCUUUCUGGGUAUGCGCCACCCUCGGCACCACUGGUACGGUGGCUUUUGACAACCUGCGGGAGAUCGGGGAGGUCUGCGAGAGACACUCGGCGUGGUUGCACACUGACGCCGCUUACGCUGGUAGCGCCUUCAUUUGUCCCGAGUUCAGGCACUGGCUGGACGGCAUUGAACUGGUGGACUCAUUCGCUUUCAACCCAUCAAAAUGGCUGAUGGUGAAUUUCGACUGCACUGCUAUGUGGGUGAAGGAUAGUACAGCUCUUCACAGGACGUUCAACGUGAACCCUAUUUAUCUGAGACAUGAAAAUUCAGGAAAAGCUAUCGAUUACAUGCACUGGCAAAUCCCUUUGAGUCGACGCUUCAGAGCCCUUAAACUCUGGUUCGUUCUGAGGAACUAUGGAGUGGUUGGGAUUCAAAAGCACAUUCGUGAGGGUGUCCGUCUCGCGCAGAAGUUCGAGGCUUUGGUUCAGGCCGAUCCGAGAUUUGAGGUUCCACAACCAAGGAACUUAGGUCUCGUCCCCUUCCGUCUGAAAGGCGACAACGCGUUGACCGAGCGCUUGCUAAAACGACUGAACGCGCGUGGCCACAUGCACGCUGUUCCCGCUUGCUUCAAAGGAAUCUACGUCAUCCGGUUCACUGUCACCUCGCCCAGGACCACUAAUCAAGACAUCUUGGAUGACUGGAAUGAAAUUAAGACGGUGGCGUCCGAGAUUUUGAUCGAGACGUUCGGAUCUGAGAAUGGAAACAUCACUGCGCCCAAGAAACCGAGAGUGUCUCUCAGAGACACCCGUAACCUCAACGGCACCUUCGGCACCAGUCUCCUCCUGGCCAACAGCCCAAUGAGUCCAAAGAUCGUCAAUGGCACCCACGUAGCCAUCUGCGAUUACGAACAAGUCCUGACUUCCUGCGCCCAGACCUUCAUGCAGUUGAAGAUGGAGCCUAAAGACAGCCCUGAGAUGCGCCGACGCAUCCGCGGAAUCAAGAUGUGUGGGAAGAAAUUCUCUCUUGACUCUUGCAUGGAUAUGGUCCAGGGUCUGAUGAUGGAGCAAUUCCUCCCGCUUUGCUCUGAAGAGGAGUCCCAGGAGGCUUCUAACGGUUCGAGUCCCUGCGAUAGAUCAUCACUCUCAUCAUCACCCGUGACAUCAACUGCCACAGUCAAGCAAGAUCUCAACUCGGAUGCGAACCAACUUCAAGUACCGGCAGCGCCAUCUAGGCAAUACCGCUCGAAAUCUGUUGACGUUUCUCUGUCUGGGUUAAGUCUUGACGAUGCUAAAAUUACUAUUGAUAAGAAAAAGAAUGAAAUAACUAUAACACCGACUGGCUCGAAAGAUAUAAAAGAAUCAGUUGAAAACCAGAAAACAGUUCAAUUCAGUGAAAUUGAGGAGAAACUCAAUAUCGGAGAUAAAAUAAGUCAAGCAUUCGAAAAUUUCCAAGAUGGCUUACAAAUGCUUAGCGAGUAUAGGAAUAAUACUGAAGAGAAGGUGGAUAAGAAUGAUGACUGCGCGAAGCUUACCAUCCGUGGCCCUGGUAGUUACAUUAAAAAGUUAAUUCAGCAAUUCAGCGAAGGUCCAUUAGAUAGUGACGAUUCUAAACCAGAAUCAGAAAGGGCCGUGUCAACGCAGUCUAUAAGAGAUAGAGCCGAUGCAAUUUGUAAAAAAUGCUUGCAUUACAAAGGCAAAAUGUCAAAGUAA